UUCUCCUUUAAUCCAAAAGAUAAUAAUAAUAACACUUAAGAGUAAGAUUGAGCUUCUGAUUUGUUUCUCAAACAAUACAAAACAUUGCUGGGUCUCUGUGAUCGAAGUGCCAGAGCCAUGGCUUCCCUUUCAAUCACUUCCUCUUCGACAAUCAUCAAUUCUAGAGCUUCUCCUCUUCCUAGACAAGCCUCCACCUCUUCUCCGUCAUGUAUUUCCCUUCCCAUGCUUCCUCCUCAGCCGCUUCAGUCCACUGCUUACUGUCGGAAGAUUGCGAGGAACGUUCUGACAAGAGCUACCGAAGUUGAAGCUUCGGUCGCUGCCGACGCUGACACUACAGAGUUGCCAGAAAUCGUCAAGACCGCUCAAGAAGCUUGGGAGAAAGUGGAGGACAAGUAUGCAAUUGGUUCUCUCGCAUUUGCUGCUUUGUUGGCUCUUUGGGGUUUUACUGGCCUCAUCUCGGCAAUCGACAGGCUUCCAUUGUUUCCAGGUGUUUUUGAACUUGUAGGCAUUGGUUACACUGGGUGGUUUGCUUACAAGAAUCUGAUCUUCAAACCAGACAGGGAGGUGCUGUUUCAGAAGAUCAAAGACACAUACAGAGACAUACUAGGGAGCAGCAGCUGAAUCAGAGGAAGAAUGAGAGCAGCUGAAUCGAAGAAUCUAACACAUGUCUAUGUCUCUCUGUGCUCCUUGUAGCUUAAUAUACCAUGCGUCUUAUAUCAGUGUUGUAGAUUCCAUCAUCUCUCUCUCUCUGCUCUCCUUGUAGCUCAAAUAUCAUCCAUUUUAUGUUGUAAAUUCCUCAAGACUAUGCAAUGAUGAGAUAUUUCAUUCUCAA